AUGCCGCUCUGGAAACAUGACUUUCGAGGCCGGUCCUUGAUCAUCGCCAUCACGCUGGCCUCGUGCCAGGCCUUUCUGCUGCUGGGUUUCGACCAGGGCGUGAUGGCUGGCAUCAUCGGCGCCGAGAACCGCUUCGGUCGCGACUUCAACAACCCUGACGCCGACAUGCAGGGGAAUAUCACGGCGCUGUACGAUAUCGGCUGCGUGGUGGGAUCCAUCGUGGCGUAUUUCGUGGCCGAACGACUGGGUCGUCGCACGAUGCUGAUUGCCGGAGGAUCCAUCAUGAUCAUCGGCACUGCUAUCCUGGCCUCCUCGUUCACCGUCGCGCAGUUGAUCGCCGGAAGAAUCAUCACUGGCAUCGGCAACGGCAUGAACUCGUCCACGGCGCCCGUGUAUCAGUCGGAGUUGUCGCCCGCCUCGUAUCGCGGUGCCCUGCUCACACUGCAGGGCACGGUGACUAUCCUGGGCGUGGUGAUUGCCUACUGGAUGGACUACGGCACUAGCUACACCGAAUCCUCCCUACAGUGGCGCUUCCCCCUCGCCUUCCAGGCCGUCUUCGCCCUCUGCCUCGUCCUGCAGGUCAUCGGCCUGCCCGAGACGCCUCGCUGGCUGGCCUCGCGCGACCGAUUCGAAGAAGCCCGCGAAGUCGUCGCCGCCAUCGAAGAUAAACCCAUCCACGAUCCCUCCGUCAGCACCACCAUCCUCGACAUCCGCACCAACCUGGAGGAAGAACACAAGGGCGGGCCCUUCCGCGUCAAGGAGCUGUUCACAUGGGGCGAGAACCAGAAUCUGCGCCGUCUGCUCAUCAUCAUCUCCAUCGAGCUGGGCCAGCAGUUCAGCGGCUCCAAUAUGAUCAAUUACUACGGCCCCGUCAUGUUUCAGGAGACCAUGGGCAUGGAUCGGAAUCUGGCGAUGAUUCUCGGCGGCUGCAUCCAGUGCACGUAUCUUGUUGGGUCGGCUAUUCCAGUCUUCCUGAUGGAUCGCUUCGGUCGACGCACCCUGCUGCUCAUCAGUACGGUCGGGCUGUGCUUCUGUUUCGUGAUGGUCUCGAUUCUGCUGUCGCUGGGCCAGACGAAUGCGGCGUAUGGAGCCACUGCGUUUAUUUUUAUUUUCCAGAUCUUCUAUGGCUCGGGGUGGCUCUGCGUGCCGUGGUAUUAUCCCAGUGAGAUCUGCUCCAACCGCAUCCGCAGUCGCAUGCAGGCGAUUGCAUCUGGGUGGAACUGGAUGGCGGUGUUUGCGGUGGUCAAGAUCACUCCGAUUGCAUUUGCCAACAUCGGAUGGAAAACCUUCGUCAUCUUCGCUGUCCUCAACGCCGCCUUCUUCCCCAUGGUGUACUUCUUCUACCCCGAGACUAAGGGCCUGGAGCUCGAGGAUCUUCCCCUGCUGUUUGCCAAGGGUGGAUUCACCGGUGGUGUCUACUCGUCCAAGGGAGGGCGAACGGUGCUGCCGGGUCAGCAUGCGCAGGAGCGGAAUGUGGAUAAGAAGGUCGAGGAGGAACAGGUCGAGCGAGUAGAGUAG